CUUACGUUUGUUUGGACUGUUUCCCAAGUAUUGACAAUUAUUUGAAUAGAGGAUUCAGUAACCACUGCUUAACGAGGCUUGCUUCCUCAAAGUGUCAUUUGUUUGUAACUUUACGAAGAUACCAUGGACCAGGAUGUUUCCAAGACUGAUGACGAAGAAAUGUGGAAAGAUGUGGAAAAAUUGGGAAAAAGAUUUCAAAGCAAAGGAAAGCAAUGUAUAUUUCUGGCUGUUGGUGAAAAUGGUGAUGAUGUCCAGAGUUGGUGUACUGAAGCUGGUGUACAGUUCAUAACUCAAUAUCCUAAAUGGACCUCUAUGUUUCAAGAUUUCUGUUCUUAUUAUCAGACCAGUGCCUGUACCAAAAAGGGAGAUAAGCCAAUACUAGAUCAGUUACAGUUGAUAUCCAAUAGGGGAAAUGAAAGAACAAAAAAUGAUAAAAUGCCCAAUACAGAAAAUACAGUUGGUUCUGUGAUUACUUCCCAUGAUCAAACUGAAGACCAACUACUGACGCUCAAAAGCAAACAAGAAAGUACAAAUUCGGAUAAUGCAAAUGGGUCCAUGGAUGUCUUUGUUGGCCAAGAUUCAGACAACUUAGUAACUAUUGGUGAUGGACAAGAAAGGACAGAUACAGAAAAUGUAAAUAAGUCCAUAGUUGCCUUUGUUGGCAAAGAGACAGACCAUUUAGUAACUACUCUUAAUGGACAAGAAAGGACAGAUACAAUGUCUGAUACAAAUGAGAUGGAGUGUGGGAAUGAUGUUGAAGAUGAUGACACAGAUGAUUAUACUGUCAAUGAUGAUUUUGAUACUGAUACCAAUGUGAUUAAUCCUUCAAGUCAGAGCUCUGCAACAGGUAAAAUCUCAGAGAAAGUGACAGAAACAAAGAAGAGUGCAGAUAUAUUGAAAUUCAGAAAUUCUCCAAGACUAAGACAAUCUUCAAAAACAGGACAUAAAAAGACUUCAAACAAUAAAAAUAAUCCAAUAGUGCAUAAUAUCAGAACCAGAGGUUCUACCAAGGUCAACUUGUCUGAAAUAAAAGAUUGCCCGAAGAGGUCAAGAGGUCAAAUUGAAGAUAAAAUUCCCAAAUCCUUGACAUCCUGUGUAGUUAAACUUGAAAAUUUGUCGGAUGGGACUUUGAAGAAUGGGGAAGGAGUUGACAAAAUUUGUGAGAAUUUGUCAGUUUCAAAGAGAAGGAAAAGAAGUAAGGAUGGAAUUGAAAAAAGUUUGAAUGACGCAGAGAAUGAAUUGCAAGUAAAUAAUAGUUUUUCUAUAAGGGCCAGGAAGACAGCAGUAAAUAAGAAGGAUCAGAUCAAAACACUAACCAAUGAAUUCACAGACAUGUGCUCUACAAGGGCCAGAAAGUCAGCAGUAAACAAGCAGGAACAGAUGAACAUAAUACCGAAUGAAGAUCUUAAUGAAUACCUAAAUCGGAAAGAAUAUAUCUGUGGAGUAUGUUCAAACGAGUCUAGCAAUUCUUUCAGCUAUUACAACCACGUCAAGAACCACAGAAACUACCAGCUUUGCAAAGUUUGUGAUGUAAUGAUACCAUCUGGCUACGAGACCAUGGAAAAACACCGAAAGGAGGUCCAUAGUGAUGAUUUAUUCUUCAAAUGUCCCAAAUGUAACAAGAAAUUCAAAAGUAAACUUCAGUUGAAAACUCACUUCCCAUCUCACGAUUCUGAUGUUAAAUCUCUGGAUAGAGAUGCUAGUUUGUCUGACAAUAGUAAAGUAAUGGUUAUGUCUAAAGAGCAGGAGCGUUUGAGCAAGAUGCACCCAGAUUUGCAAGAGAUAACCAAAUAUUUAAAUCGGACUGAAUAUACAUGUAGUCUCUGUUCCCAUGAGUAUAACAAUUCUGUUAGCUACUACAAUCACAUAAGGUCUCACAAGGAUCACCAACUCUGUAAAGUGUGUGACAUGAUGAUUCCUUACGGUGCCGAAAGAAUGGAAAAGCACAGAAAGGAAAUUCACGGAGACGAUUUCUUCUUCAAAUGUCCAGACUGUGACAGGAAGUAUAAAAGUAAGCUUGGUCUGAAAACACACUUUAUUGUUCACCAUGCCGAUCAGUCGGCUCGAUUCACUUGCAGAAUCUGUAAAGCCGUGUAUGGGAAUGCCUCAAUGUUGAAACGACAUGAGAAGAUACACACAUUCGAACAUUCCUGCUUCAUUUGCCAAGAGAAAAUAGAAACAAAUUUGAAACUGAAGGAGCACAUGUUAGAAGCACAUUCUUUCCAUUUCUGUGUAACCUGUAGUCUGUACUUUGUUGACAGUUUGGAAUUAGAGGAGCAUGAACAAACUCACUUUAACUCAAAUUCAUCAGAUGAUGAUGAUCCCGCCACCAAUUCUACUUCCUUUGAAGAGAGUUCUUCCUCUAUGCCACUAUUAGAGAAAGAAAAUGUUUCUUCAGAGAUGGAACCAGUAGAAACUGCAAGUAACCAUAGCAACAUACAAGCAGUUGAUGUUGACAAGGAGAAAAUGUCCGCCGAGGCUGCAGAUACAGACACAGUAGCAAGUUUGAUAAUUGAUUUGACACCUGAGUGUUCUGAGGUUACCAUGGUUACAUCAGACAUGCCUGACAUCAGUGUAGAUGAAAAUAAUACAGCCUAUGAUGGAGUAGGCCAGAUUCAGCAGAAAUUUAAUAAUUUCGAUAAAAAAUGUAAAUUUUGCGGAAAGAGGUUCAAGCAUGGAAAUGCCUUAGUUAGGCAUGUAAAACUUCACAAUAACAAGGCUAAUUUCACCUGUGUCCAUUGUGGACAGGUUUGUAAAACUGAUGAGACAUACAAGCGCCAUCUCCUUGUGCACCUACCAAAUGAAGAGAAGCCUCAGCAUUGUGAGAAAUGUGGAAAAGGUUUCGCUACAUACUCUGCUCUGAAGAUCCACUCUUACACUCAUUUUGACAAAAAUCACUUCAUGUGUGAGUUUUGUGGAAAGGGUUACAGGGAUCCUAAAAUGCUGAAGAUCCACAGAAGAACACACACUGGUGAAUAUCCUUAUCAUUGUACCAUGUGUGAUAAAAAGUUCAGAAGCUGGGACCUGCUGGACAUGCAUAAGAUCACCCACAAAUCUCAACCUGAUGUCAUGUGUGAUGUAUGUGGGAAAACUUUCUCUCACCGUAUAAGAUUGGCUGCUCACAGAAAACGACACACAGAUGAGAAAAAACAUAAGUGUACUCUCUGUGUAAAACUAUUUAAAAGCCAAUACAACCUACAACAGCAUUGCAUUUCUAUGCAUAUAGAAUACGCCAAAAGUCGUGGGUGGAAAAUGCAUGAAUGCAAAGACUGCGGAAGACUUCUAGCAACAAAAGAGCGCUUCCGUCGCCAUGUAAGAAUUCAUACUGGAGAACGUCCAUUUGGAUGUGAAAUUUGUGCCAAGCGUUUUGCUGAAAAUGGAAACUUAAAAGCACACAUGAAAAUACACAAUGAUGAUAAACAGUUCCAGUGUACAUAUUGUUCCAAAAAGUUCAUACAUAAUCGUACAUUGAGAAAACAUCUUUUAAUCCAUGAAAAGCCUGUUCAGGAGGACACCUUUGUUAACCGGAGUCGAUACACCCCAGAUGAGCUACUAGCUAUAUCUAUUGUCGCUGACUCAAAUAAUUACGUAUUACAAAAUAAUCCAUCUAUUCCAGGACAACAAACAGUGACGGAAACUAGAAGUUAUAAUUUAGAGCUUAACAAAAAGCUUGAACAGAAAACUCAUGCAGCAGUUCAGUCUGAAGAUAAACUUGUCAUUCAACAUGCUCAGCAAGUAGACAUACCUGUCGAGGCCAUUCAGACUAAUGAUAGUGGUUUGAGGGAUAAAAUUAGACUUAUGUAUAACUGAUGUAAGGCCAUAAACUGGUUUAUACAUGUUAUAUGAAAGUAUAAUUAGUUGUCCAUUCUUGUUUGUCUUCUUCUUCUUUGGAGACUGGAGGGUCCGAUGGGGGUCCUUCAUUUCCGUAGUCUUUAAUUUGUUUGCUUAAUUUUCUCCAUUCUUUAUAUUUUCCCCCAUUAUUCUCCAUUUUUUUGUCUCGCCUUGACGGAGUCAAAAAGCGAGACAUAAGUAUGCUGUUUCCGGUGGCGUCAACAAUGUAUUAGUUUGUGAUUAGGUCUAGUUUAUGGUGAACCAUUGGUAGGUCAAUGAUAUUUGGUAUGCAGUUGUAUUAGCAUUGGCACAUCUCAUUACCAUGGAGAUUAUUUGGCCCCGCCACCUCAGUCAUGCUCUAUUGACUUUGAAACUUUGCUUAGUUUACAUGUAUUAGUUUGUGAUUAGGUCAGUUUAUGGGGAACCACUAGUGGUAGGUCAAUGAUAUUUGGUAUGCAUUUGUAUAAACAUUGGCAUAUAUCAUUUCCAGGGAGAUUAUUUGGCCCCGCCCCCUCAGUCAUGCUCUAUUGAGUUUGAAACUUUUGCUUAGUUUUCAUGUAUUAGUUAGUAUUAGGUCAGUUUAAGGGGAACCGUUAGUUGUAGGUCAAUGAUAAUUGGUAAGCAGUUGUAUAAGCAUUAGCACAUCUCAUUUCCAUGAAUAUUUGGUCCUUACCCCUUAGUCAUGGUCUAUUGACUUUGAAACUUUUGCUUAGUUUACAUGUAUUAGUUUGUGAUUAGGUCAGUUAAAGAUGAAACUCUAAUGUUAAGUUAAUGAUAUUUGAUAUGCAAAUGUAUUGGAAUUUGCCAGUUUCAUUUCCAUGGAGAUUAUAUAACCCCACCCCCUCAUUAUGGUUCAUCGACUUUUACAUAGUUUACAAGUUAAUGUUUGUGUUUAGCUUUGUUUAAAGGGAACAACUUAUGAAAAGUCAAUGUUAUUUGGUAUGCAGUUGUAUUAGCAUUGGCUCAUCUCAUUUCUAUGGAGAUGGUUUAGCCAUGUAACUUCAGUCAUGGUCCAUUGACUUUGAAUAUUUGCAGAACUUACAUGUUAAAGUAUUGCUAUUUUAAAUUCAACAUUUGCAUUAUCAAAAUAACAAAUAGGCGAGACAUAUCUCUGUGUAAACAGUUUAUUUUUAUUUUAGCACCUAAUUAUUCUCUAUUGAUAUUUUUGGGCCUAUCUUUCUCUAUUCUUUAUUUUUUUUACCAUUUUUCUGCAGAAUAAGCUCAUUAUUCAUUAUUCUUGUAACCCCAUCCAGACCCUCAGACUUGUGUUGGUGUAGUCUGUUGUACCAAUAUUAUUGUUUAAGAUUUGUUUAUUUGCAUUUGUUAAUAUUGCAUUGAUAGAUUGCUUGCUUACCAUGCUAACAGGGGAAAAUACACUGCUUAUAAAAACACCAUUGAAAACUGUGCAAUAAAUUGUAGUUUUAGUCACUCUCUCUCUCUCUAGUAAGAGUUGAAUAUUAUUUUCAUAGUUUAUAGUUAAAAUCAUAUCAUAUGUAAGAGGGUGUGGAUGGGGGUUACAGAAAAGAGAAUAAUGGGUAAAUAUAAAGAAUAGAGAAGAAUGGACCAAAAAUAUAAAGAAUAGAGAAGAAUGGACCAAAAAUAUAAAGAAUAGAGAAUAACAAGGUGCUAAAAUGUAAAGAAUAGAUAAAAAUAGUCUAAAAAAUUAAAGAAUACAGAAAUGAAGGACCCCCUUCCAGACCCUCAUGUAAGUCAAAUGUCAAUAGGUUCUAAUCUGAUCAGAAAUUUUUUUUUCAAUGGAAGAUUCAAUAUCAGUGUAUUUUAUGCUUACUAAAAACAAUCUUUUAUAUUUUCUAUAGUUCCAAAGCAAGAACUUACUUCACAGCUGACUUUAAGUGUCAGCUUUAAUUGGGCAACUAAUUAUACUAUUAUAUUAGUUGUAAAUAACAGAAAGUUAUUUGUUAUUAUUAAAAUCAUCCAUAACUUUCAUAGACUUUGGAAGGUUUAGAGUUUAACAUAUAAAUUGUAAGACACCUGUCAAUUUUUCGCCUUGACAGAAUUAAAAAGCAAGAUAUAGGUAUGCUGUUUCUGGCGUCUCAUUUCCAUGGAUAUUAUUUUGCCCCACCCACUCAGUCAUGGUCUAUUGACUUUGAAAUUUUUGCUUAGUUUACAUGUAUUAGUUUGUGAUUAGAGUCAGUUUAUGGGGAACCAAUAUAUGUAAUGAUACUUGGUAUGUAGUUGUAUUAGCAUUGGCACAUCUCAUUUCCAUACCCAUUAUUUGUACCCUCCCCCUCAGUCAUGGUCUGUUGACUUUACAUAUACUUACAUGUUAAAGUAGUGCUAUUUUAAUUUCAACAUUUGCAUUUAACUAUCAAAAUAACAUAAAGGCAAGGCAUAUCUUUGUGUUAAAAGUUCAUUAAAAAACUGUAUGUUGCCUUCUAGAUAUAAUUGGUUAUUGCAGAGACAUGCCUUUUUUGUAGGUGUGAAAUUUUAUCAAAAUAUAUAUAUGCUUAAUGAAUCUUGACAGUUGAACAGAAAUAUCAUUCUUUCACUCAUGCAUGUUACUAUGCAUUCACAAGUCAGGAGCAUCUGGCCUUUGUUAGUCUUGUAUGUUUUUAAAUUUUAGUUCAUUUAAAUUUAUAUGUUUUGGAGUUUAGGGUGACGUCCAUUUUCACUGAACUAGUACGCAAUUUUAUUUAGGGGCCAGCUGUGGACCACCUCCGGGUGCGGGAUUUUCUCGGCUGUUGUGUGCUCUUUGGCUGGGUUGUUGUCUCUUUGACAUAUUUCCCAUUUCCAUUCUCAAUUUUAUUCACAAAUUUGUAUAUAUUUCAAUUUUGUUAUUUACAUUGUUAAAUUGAAAAACAUGUAAUAUUUUGUUAUAUUUGUUAUAUAGAUAUGUAUAGAUGAUUAUGUAAAUAGAAAGAGAUAUAAACUGAGCAGCACAGAAAAGCUCUGCAUAUUUUUGAAUUAAUCAGUUUUAUUAACUCUGAUCAUUAAAUGUGUAUGUAGGAAGAAAAAAAACACAUUGGAAAUCAGUAUUAGACUGAAGGAUAGAAAUACAUUUUAGAUUUGGCAACUAUAUUCUAGUGUUAUUUUCAUUAACAAAUAUACCAAACUGGAAGAUAAAUUAAAAAAGGGGGAAGUCCAUAAAACAUGACAAAAUCAAAUGUAAGACUAUAUCAACCAGGGGAACAAAUGGAAAACAACCGUCAUAACUGUCAUAUUCCUGACUUGGUACAGUCAUAAGAGAUGGUCUGUUUAGGGUUUACAGAAUAGAGAAUCAUGGGCAUAUAGUGCAGAAUAACGGGUAAAAAAUAUAAAGAAUAGAGAAAAAUAGGCCAAAAAAAUAAAGAAGAGAUUAAAGGGUUGCUUAAAUACAAAGAAUAGAAAAUAAUGGGUGAAAAAAAAAAAUAAGAAGAGACAAAAUGGCCUAAAAAGUUAAAGAAUACAGAAAUGAAGGACCCACCUGAUUAUUGUGGGUAAUUGAUGAUUUAAGAAUGAUGAUUAUCAGUAUAUAACAGUCCAUUUGCCAAUUACCGAUUUGGUUCUGUUAUUACACACUUUUUAAACAAAUCACUUCCCUUUGUCAAUCGUAGACUGGUUCUAUACCAGACAAAAUUGUCUUUUGCCCCCCACACAAAGCAUAAUAAGUUGAAAGAGAUAUAUCUUAUUUUUUACACAUUUUUAGUGAAAAAUAAGUUCUGUUAUCAAAAGUAUUUAACAACAAAUUAAAUGUAAUUAAAAGAUUUGAAAAACUUAAAGGUUACACACAUUAUGCACAGAUAAAUUUGCACUUUCCCGCUAGCUCUACAUUGUCAAUAAAAAUUUAUGUCCCUCCUAAGGGAGUCAACUAAAAAAAGGGAUCUCUAAUUACAGGGUCAAUUACGGGAAUUGGCAAACAGACUAUUCUGAUGUAUUUUAAAGUGAAGAUGAAUGUAUGUUUGUUUCCUGAUUUUUUUUGACUGGAUAUUUUUGAAUAUACAAUGUACUGUUAAUUUAGGAUAUGUUUUGAUUGUUAACAUUGCUUUUGACUUAAAGUAAAAUUUUGAAU